GACCCCCAUGCUCUGUGCUAGACCCAUAGCAGCGUCGCUCUGUCAGGAGGAUAAAGCAGGAGACGAGACAAGGAAACAGGGGAAAAAACAUGGCGCUCAUCCCAUCUCAGGUGCUAAGGGUAGCCAUCCUCCUGUCCUAUUUCUCCAUCCUCUGCAAUUAUAAAGCCAUUGACAUGCCCGCGCAUCAAACAUACGGCGGUAGCUGGAAGUUUUUAACAUUCAUAGACCUGGUUAUCCAGGCAGUGUUCUUUGGCGUGUGUGUGCUGACAGACCUGUCCAGCCUGCUGACCAAGGGAAGUGAGAGCCAGGAGCAGGAGAGGCAGCUUAGGAAGCUCAUUGGCCUGAGGGACUGGAUGAUGGCCGUGCUGGCCUUCCCUGUUGGAGUGUUUGUGGUGACCAUGUUCUGGGCCCUAUACUUGUAUGACAGAGACCUGGUGUACCCCAGACUUCUGGACAACUUCAUACCCCAGUGGCUCAACCAUGGCAUGCACACCACCGUCCUCCCCUUCAUCAUCAUUGAGAUGAGGACCACGCACCACCAGUAUCCCAGCAGGCCUUGUGGACUGAUAGCUGUGUGCAGCUUCGCUGUGGGAUAUGUUCUAUGGAUGUGCUGGGUGCAUCAUGUGACCGGCGUGUGGGUCUACCCCCUGUUGGAGCAGAUCAGUCCCCUGGCAAAGGUGGCCUUCUUCUCCUGCCUCACUGUCCUGAUUAACAUCUACUACGUCCUGGGAGAGGUCCUCAACAGCUACAUCUGGGACGGCUCCAAAUGUGUUAUAGACACAGACAAGGCUAAAGCUGACUGAAGGCCAUUGCGGAGUAGGAACACUGCAUUGUGGGUCGCUGCAAAGACAGGCCCAAUCCGGACAGCAUAAUAACAACCUCUAUGUAAAUAAAUUAUUUAAAAAAUAUGUGGGAAUAUGAUCAGAUUUUUUUCUCUUUUGAAAAUAACCUUUUGGGCUUUUAAAGUGCUGAGUCCUCCUCUUGAAGUUGUUGGACUGUAGCUAAGACCUGAGAUGCCUGUUUCCCGUCAAUGACAAGGUGGGAUAUGAAUUCACCACUUUGCUAUGGACUAGGAGGUAUUACGAUGACAUUACAUUUACUCACGUAUUAGUAUUUACUAUUUAAUCAUCCUGUUUAUCCAUCUCUACGACUCAAGCAUUAUCUGAACACCGAGUAUACUGCAUUAAAUGGAAUGAACUUAUUGCUAUGGGUGUGAUAUUAAUCUUAAGAUGCUUAGGCACUCCGGCAGAGUUAGCAAAAGCCAUGUAUCAGGAUUAGCUUUCUCUUCUUUUUCUCCCUUUUCACUGGAGAGCUUUCUAGCGAGGGCAUCUCGCCUACAGAGUGGCAUGAAUGACAGCCUUUUCCUGGUUGUGUAGUGUCUAACAGCUGUACCAUAGAAUGUUCUUUUCUAGGACAGCCAGACUUGUGAGCUCCACUGUUCAAAAUUACCCUUUCUUGUUUUUAUGUUUUUGUAAAAAGGGAUGACAGCGUUUGACUCUUGAAGUGUGUAUGGUCUUUCAAUAAAAAGGUGUUAAGUUAUUUCGAGCGAGUCAGAUGUGUGUGUGUGUGUGUGUCAGUCAGAGUCUCACUACAGCUCUUCUCUUCAAUUAAAAAGAAAAAUCACCACACUUGUGAUUUAAUGUUUGGCC